GCGGCCAGAGCCCAAACCCGACUCUCGUGCUGAAAUUGUCUGGACAGGGUCGUUCUUCGGGAGUUUUAGGAACCGUGUUCGUUUGGGGGAAGGAAGUACCACUUGUGCAGAGCCCUGCCUUAUAAAUAUAAACACACACGCGUAUUUCCUUCCGGGUGUAACCAGUUACUUGCUGAAAGGCAUCCGUUAAAUUUUUCGAAUGAGUAAUAUCUACGUAAAAUCCAAAGUUGGAAAAAUACAAGAAGGCGUACAGGGAAACACCUCCCUCGCAUCAGUGCCCCUCAGCUUCCCACUACCCCUCCAGGAGGCAGCCCGUGUUACUGAAAAGUUUUUCAACAGUUGUUUCAAAAUGAAGAAUCCAUCCAUCGUUGGAGUCCUGUGCACAGAUUCACAAGGACUCAAUUUGGGCUGCCGCGGAACCCUGUCAGAUGAGCAUGCUGGGGUGAUAUCUGUUUUAGCCCAGCAAGCAGCUAAGCUAACCUCAGACCCCACUGAUAUUCCUGUGGUGUGUCUAGAAUCAGAUAAUGGGAACAUUAUGAUCCAGAAACACGAUGGCAUCACAGUGGCAGUGCACAAAAUGGCCUCUUGACAUCUUGUAUCAGUUCUCCAGCAGCUUGUCAUGGGGACUCAAUCGUACCUUAUGUUAAUUAUCUUAUAGAGCUAUUAGAGUUCCAGUAAUUAGGCCAUUCAUGUAAUGUGCAUUGGGCACUUUUCUAUUAAUUUUAGAGUAAGCUGCUUUUUGACACUCUGUGGAUUGACUUAUCAAAAUAGUUAAGGGAAGUAUGUUUUGAAGCAAGUUUAGGUCACUUUGUAUACAGAAUUUUGUUAUGUUUAAUAAAACUGGUUGGAGGAAAGCUUG